AUGCCAGCACUAGGAAAUGACCCAAACCACACCCCGAGUGUUCUGAGUUGCGAGACAAAAGCUGGCACACGCCGUUACCCGGCCACUGCAGUAACAGAGAGUGAGUACAUUUAUAGAGGGGUCCCCGUCAACUACACACUCCGAUGGACGUUUGCAAACCACACCGCGCACAGCCCUCUGUAUGCAGACAACUAUCGUGAGAUUUCGCUACUCGAAUCUAACCCGAAUCCUCUAGACGAUACAGAAGAGACAUGGCUGCUCCCGAUCAAGAACAGCCCGACCCACAGGCGAUGGCCAAGGCGGCUUGAUGAUUAUAACGCGGUAGCUCGGUUGGCGAACAGCUCUCUGGCUGUGACGGUUGAGUCGCAACUGAUUCCUUUACGGAAGUCCGACAACCAGGAGGUGGAAGAAUUCGCGGUGACACAGGCAGAUAUCGAUAGGCUGAACUCGGCGGAUCUGAACAGUUUGCUCGAGAGUUAUGGCCUGCCGACGGUGGGCCAGAUAGCUGUUCGACGAUGGCAGUUGAAGAAGUACUUCGGCAUCACGGUGGCCGGGAUAUAG